GCCUGUACAUGUCAACUAGUUGACAUUGCUCUUUUCGUUCUAAAGUUUUUAAACGAAAGUUGUGUUUUCUUGUGCUGUGCACGUUUCGUGUCGAAAAAAAAGGACUUAAAAAAUGCGUUACGUGGCUGCAUACCUGUUGGCUGUUCUUGGCGGUGCCGAAAACCCCAAAAAUGCCGAUAUCGAGAAGAUCCUCAGCUCCGUCGGUAUUGAAGCAGAAUCUGAUCGCCUCUCCAAGGUGGUCAAAGAAUUAAAUGGCAAGUCCAUUGAAGAAUUGAUUGCUCAGGGUCGCGAGAAACUAUCAUCUAUGCCCGCUGGUGGUGCCGUUGCCUCUGCUGCUGCUCCAGCUGCUGGUGCUGCCGAUGCCGGUGAUGACAAGAAGGAAGCCAAGAAAGAGGAGAAGAAAGAAGAAUCUGAGUCUGAAGACGACGAUAUGGGCUUCGGUCUCUUCGAAUAAGCUACUACUACUGUAUAUAAGGGGUGUGCAGGCAAUCGCCAGUGCAACACAAAAACGUGCAAAAACGUAUAGGUUACCGCUCGAGUUUCAGUUAACAGCGUCAGCAUAGGGAGGGUUUAAAAUGUGUCUAGAACACCUUAGAGGAAGCAAAACACUGCUGCCUCCUUGGAUACUUGCAAUUUGACAAACCUAUAUAUACAACAUAGUGGAAUUUUAUUUCUAUGAAAUAAAAGAAAGUAAAGUUUUUACGCGUUUAAA